AUGACGCAGACCCAGAGCCCCCCGAGCACGGCGGCGCAUCUCCUCCAGCCCUCGCAGAAAAGGAGGCCCCACAGAUCCACCAAGUUCUUCCGGGCCUUCCGCAACGCCUUCCGCUCCUUCCCCAUCCUCAGCCCCGCCUGUCGGAUCCCCUCCGCCACCGCCGGCCGCGGCGGCGCCGGCGGCGGUGGCGACGGUCACAUCCCCGGCGCCGCCCGCAUGACGGGAACCCUCUUCGGGCCUCGCCGGAAUCGCAUCAGCCUGGCGAUUCAGGAGAACUCGAGGAGCCUCCCGCUUCUGGUCCUCGAGCUCCCCAUCGCCACCGCGAAGCUCCUGCAGGAGAUGGCCGCCGGCCUGGUCAGGAUCGCCAUGGAAUGCGAGAAGAAGGCCGGCGGCUCCGCCGGAGGAGGAGGAGGGGGAAGGAGGAAGCUGCUGGAGGAGCCGCUGUGGACGGUGUACUGCAACGGGCGGCGGGCGGGUAGCGCCGCCAGUAGGGAGCCCGGGGAGGGGGACCUCAACGUGAUGGGACUCCUGCACGCCGUCUCCAUGGGCGCCGGCGUCCUCCCCGGCGACGGCGACGGCGCCACCACCGGCGACGGCGAGGUGACAUACAUGAGGGCACACUUUGACCGCGUGGUGGGUUCCAAGGACUCGGAGACCUUCUACAUGCUCAAUCCGGACGGCAAUGGCGGCCCCGAGCUCAGCAUCUUCUUCGUCAGAAUCUGA